AUGGCUGUUGAUCCUAUGGAAAAUGAAUUCGUACAAGAUCGUGCAACUGGAAAUGAUGCACAGAUAGCAGAUGAUGUAGUUGAAGAAAUACAAGCUGAAGAACAGAAUGAUAUAAGAGCUGACACGGAAAAUAAUGCAUUUGUUGGUUUGGAUGAUAUUGAUUUAACGAGUACACAACCUGAGCCACAAAAUGAUGGUAGAAAAAGAAGCAAUUCAAGUAAGAGAAAGAGAAGUCAUGAUGAAGCUAUUGAGAUAUGUGCUGAGAAUAUGCUUAAUGCUGCGAAGCUAAUAAGCAAUACAAUGUCAGAAGUUGGUAAGAAUUUGUCCGAUGGUCUUCAAUAUGAUCGUGAUAUGGAUAUGUUUCAGAAGCUUGAACGUGCAUUAAAAGAGGUUGAUGGUUUGGCAAAUGAUGAAAUGGACCUUGUUUCGUUUAAGCUCACUGAUCAUCCUAAUAAAGUAGCUUUUUUUCUUAGUCUUGAUCCUCAUCGAAGACUACCGGCUUCUGGUAAUCCAAAAACGAGAAAGAAGAUUGGCUCUUGGUUUAACAAGUAUUGUGUGGCUGGGCUUUGGAAUUGUAAGGCCGUUCUGAUUUCCGGUGUGGUUCUCUACUUGACCUCCAUUUUUCUCUUCAAAAAUCCCAUUUUUUCAGAGCCCGGAGGAGCAUUCUUUUCGCCGGAGGCGGCGAAGUUGAGCAGAAAUAACGAAUCUCCCACCAACAUCAGCCACCUACUAUUCGGCCUUAUCGGCUCCGAGGAGGCAUGGCACUACAGGAAGGCCUACACGGAGUCAUGGUGGCGGCCCGGCGUCACCCGCGGCUUCCUUUAUCUCGACGUGCCGCCCACCGGGGAGCUCCUCCCUUGGUCGCCGUCUUCCCCGCCGUACAGAGUCUCAGACGACAUAAACCAGAUGGUGGAAGAAACGGAGCACGCGGCCCCGAUCCAGGCGCGCAUGGUGCAUGGGAUAAUGGAGGUGUUUAGGGAGAGGCACGAGGGGGUGAGGUGGGUGGUGAUGGGAGACGAUGACUCUGUGUUCUUCGUGGAGAAUAUGGUUGAUGUUCUGGCGCAAUAUGAUCACACAAAGUACUAUUACUUUGGGGGUCCAUCGGAGUUUGUGAUGUGCAACUACUGGUACUCGUUUAACCAGGCAUUCGGCGGCGCCGGUUUCAUUCUCAGUUACCCUCUGGCGGAAGCUCUCUCUAACGACAUGGAUAGCUGCUUGAGGAGAUAUGCACACAUCACAUCUGCAGAUUAUAUUACCAUGCUUUGCAUAUCUGAUCUUGGAGUUAACCUCUCCAUACUGAAGGGGAUUCAUCAGGUUGAUUUACGUGGGGACCUUUCUGGUUUUCUGUCGUCCCAUCCCAAAUUUCCACUGCUAUCCCUUCAUCAUCUCGACAAGGUAGAGCCCAUCUUUCCGGCCAUGGACAGAUUCGAAUCUACGAAGCAUUUGCUGAGAACCGCGAAUUACGACCAGACCCGCAUGUUGCAGCAGAACAUUUGCUACCGCAGACAAAGCAACUGGUCGGUGUCUGUGUCGUGGGGCUAUUCCGUUCACAUUUACGAAAAGAUUCAUCGCCGGAGUUACCUGGAAAUGCCGAUCGAAACGUUCCGGCGAUGGAGAAGCGAUCAGAAUCACCUGCCGCUUUAUAUGUUCAACACUCGGCUUCCUUCUAAGGAUCCUUGCGAAGCGCCGCAUGUUUUCUUCCUUAAAACGGUGAACAGAACCGAGGAUGAUGGGAUCGUUAUGACGUAUCUCCGGUCGUCGGAGAGAGGGUUGCCGGCGUGUUCGAUUAGUGGGAACCAUUCGGCUGGCUAUGUUUCGAGGAUUGAAGUUUACUCGCCAUCGACAAAGCGUCCUGUGAUGGACAGAUGUGAAUGUUGUGACAUUAUUCAUUCAGAUGGUGAGGAAGGUUUGAAAGUCAAAUAUAGAGAAUGUUUGUUAACUGAGGUCAUUGUUUAAUCAAU